AUGUCAACCAACACGCCUAAUGGAGGAUCUUUGGAAGAUUGUCUCUCCAACAUCCACUCUUUGGUACUUUCAAUCAUUGUUUUUGAGCUUUUUCAAACUUAUUUUAGAAUUUAUGCUCUUCCUAAUUCUGAAUUGUUUAGACCGAGGUUAACGGGUUGAAAUGGCGUUGUUACCGUACUCCCAAAGGCGCAACAAACGUCAUGACAGUCACAGAAGACCCGAUUCUGGUUGCUUAUUCCAAAUGUUUGGCGGUCAGUUUCAGAACCGUUUUCGGUUGAGAAUGAAUGAUUUUCAGACAAGUAUCAUGUGUGCCUGGCGACGACGUCCUCUUAAUCUUCUUCCCACAGACGGCUUGCCGAUCCCUAUGUUCAACAGCUUCCACGCCAAGGAACUUUUCAUUUUUUGGUACAAUGACAUGAAUCCCGAGAUUGAAAAGAUUGCUGAGGGGCUCGGUGAGUUGAUUCAACGUUUCUUAUAUCCUUUCUCGAUUCUUGGCUUUUUUUAAAUUGAAUGAACUGAAAACGUCCAGAUUUCGACCCCGAGGACGCGGUCAACUCGGCCAACACGAACAACUCGCUGAGUUACGAGGUCCGAGUGCUCUACUUCAAGGCCCUGAGCAUUCUGAUAGACCGGUGUCUCAUGAAGAUCGGAUACGUUCGCUUUGGUCGUUGGUUCGUCAAUCCAAUGCAGCCGCGCUCCAAGGAGAUGCAUUUUAUGUUUCCCACGUAGGUCUUCCAUUUUUCAAUUUUAACUAGAAUCUGAAGUUCUCAGAAUGAAUCUUUUUCUUGAAAUUUUGGAUCUGAACCUCUUGUUUUUUUUAAAUCAGUUUUUGAUGGUUCGUCGUACUGAUAUUCAUGAACUUUGAAAUCAGAAAACUUUUUUGGCAUUACUCUCGAUUUUUGCUAUUAUUAACUUAGAAAUUUUUUUUUUUGGGAAAAUUGGAGGAAGCGUUGGUAGCUCACGAGGAUUACAAUUUGAGUUAGAUUUUCGAAUAAUAGUUUAUUCACCGCCAUAUUCAGCACUAGAAAAUAUUACAAGAUAAGUUAUCAAUACUGGAUGGGUAAUAACAAUACACGGAAUUUCAAAGAUAGUUCGGGUAAUUUUUAAUCGCGGAAAAAAACAAGAAAAAUUCAAAAUUUUUCUAAAGUUGGACUACAAAAAAAAUUGAUAUAACUUGCUAGAUCAUGCUUUAAGCUUUCAAACAUCAUGUAAAGCGGGAAACAUUUUAUAAUGAUUUAGCAUAUCUCAUUUUCGCCCACCUACUAACAGUAGCUGUGCAUCGUAGCUGAUGGAACGCGCCGAUAUGGCGCGAUUUUCAUAUUUUUUGCGGUUUCCUGAUGAUCGUUACGGAAUAAUUUUUUAGAGAAGUUUUGCUUAUAUUCGGCCUCUCAUGUUCUUCUGAAAGUUUUCAUGAGACGACUUCACAGUGUUUACUUUCCAUUUUGUUUGCCGCACCUCACUGUCUUAAAAUUCAUCGAAGUAAAAAACGUUACUUUGCUCAAAAAAGGGAUUGAUUUGAGGUACACAAUCGCCCUUCACCUAGAUUUCUUCGUCCACGGCGGCAACCAGGUCUGCACUUCCAUUAGCGCGCAACGACAGCCGACGUUGAUCCGACUUCACAAAAGGUGCGGCUCUCGUAGAACUUCCUGACUGAAGCAGCUCCAGACACCUGGAGUACGACUCUCUGAAGCGACGGAUAACGGUGUUGGUGGGGCCGUGGUCGAUGCGCGGCUACCUCGUCCGCAACCAGCUUCAGCUCCUCUCGCAGCCAGAAGUCGCGGCCGCCGCAGAGCGCAUUUACGCCGGAUGGAAGCAGUUCAUCGAACUGAGUACUGAGGAGACAGUAGUCGAGGAGAGCGUCGAGGGUCCCGCUCCGGUUAGUCUUUCUCACUUUUUAGGACUGCCUUCCAAUUUUUAAAUUACUUCGAUGUUUAUAAAAAUAUUUGUUAUCCAAUACAGAAAUCUUUUGUGACCUAAAACAUAAUUUUGAACGAAAUUCAAAAAAAUAAAACACUCAAAUAGACUUUGAGGAUAUUUCCCGAAUUUUUCUUCAUUUAUAAAAUUAUUCCCUAAACGAAAGGCCUUUUGAACUGGCACGAGAUUUUUUUCAUUAUUUUUCGAGGAAUUGAAAUCUGCCUUUUUCAAGAUUUCGAGCUUGCAUACUGAUUUCCUGUAAGCCAUCAGUGUUUAUACGUUGAACUUUUGUCUCUUCGAUUCAAAAAUAUUUUUUUUUUUCGAAGUCUUAGAGGCUUUAUUUCAUUAAGAUAUAGUGUUUCGAGUGCAAUAUUUCGAAUCUUUAUGUUGUCCCGAGUUCGAAUCAGUCAAUAUGGAAGCUUGUACAUAGAAAUUCCGAGUUUCGAAAUUUUAGGAAAUAAGUGAAGUGCCGAAGAUGGUUCUUCUGGAAAUUGACAAUAUUCGGAUGUUCUUUCCUUCGGUUUUCGUUUGCGUGACCUUGGAAGACGACCGUUUGGCCUGGGACGCUUUGGGAUUUAAAGUCAGCACGAUUCCCGACGAAUUAUCCGGUUCGUACCUUUUUUCAUUCUCAACAUUUGUUCUAUUGUUCUCUGUUAGGACUUUAUUGAGGUAACUGAAGUUUUCGAAGGCAUUUUUGAUCGUUUUGAGGCUGCAGGAUAAAUUUAUACUACAAAAUAUUCAAUCGAGCGCAAUCUUUGAUUUUCCAAAAGCUUCAUAUGACUCCGACCGAUAAUCAAGAGAGUUUGUUUCAUUUUUCAGUUCCCGGGGGCACGAAGCCGCGCAAUAAGUUCAUCGUGAGCAACGCCUCGAGUUCUAUGGCCGUUCAAGUUUCUCUCAUCUUCAAAUUCAUCAAAAAAUCAUUCGUUCCAGGGAAUUUUUCAAUCCGCCUUUGUGAACCCUCGGAAAGAGUACCGUCCAGUUUCUGUGCCUGUAGGCGGAUUCGCCCAACCUUUUCCGCUCAUCGAAGAGAAGGACUGUCGGUACGUCGGUUUUGUGGAUUCAUGGUAGUUCCUGUGUUCUCUGAUUUCUUUUGCAUUCUGUUUUUUUUUGUUCUAAAUCAUACGCGUUGAAUAAUUCAUAGGGUUUCGUUCUUGUACUCUGUUUCCACGCUCGCUCUGGGAGAGCUUUUCAUUUUCAUUUUUUUUUUUCAAAAAUCAGUCAGAGAUUUUUGAUCUUCGCUUUUUUUUCAAUCUAAUUUUGAUGUUAUAACUUGCGAUAAAAAGUUCUCAACUGCGUUUUCCAAGCCCCUUUUUGUUGUACGGAGUUGGAUUUCAGCUGGACCUUCACCGACAAAGACAAGACGGAAUGCUCUAUCACCGAGUGUUUGGCAUGUUCAGACGUUUUGCGGAGAGCUGAAAACGGAGGUUUUCCUUUAUAUCUCUCAAUUGAAAGUGAUCCAUCGUUUUUUCUCAGAGUCUUUGAUGGUCCGAAGAGAAGUGAUCGACCGACACUGGAUGUCGAUUUCACAAGAAACUGAGGACAUUGAAAAGUUCAUUCGAGACUUCUUCACUUUUCUGAUUUUUUUUUCUUUUCAGAGCGUAUCAUCGGAAAACGUCUGCCAAGGCUGCAGUUCGCAUGAAAAUGAGAGGUGAGCUUUGUUUAAUUUUUCAUUCAUUUUUGAACUCUGAAGAACUCUUCAGUUUUAUAUUUGUUGAAAAUGAUUGGCACCUGGGUGAAACUUGUUCAUCUAUACGUAUAUAUUCUUUUGUUUGAUUAUUCAAAACGUCUGUAAGGUCUUGCAAUCUUUGAAAAAUUUGUUUUGGUUUCAUCUCUUUUUCAUUUUACGAUAUGAGAUGGAAAGUAGAUUUGCAAGAAACCGUGCUUCGUCUAUUGUAUACCAAAACUAGUUGUUUUUUUUUGCGCUUAAGACGCAUUCGAAGAAUGAAAUGAUUCUCAGAACGACAAAGGAUGUUGUCGGGAAACGCCGGAAAGUCCUUGAUGGACAGCGACGUGGACGACGGGCGCACUGACAAGACGGACGUCUUCGAAAAUCCCCCGGAUUGGAGCAACACCGUCGCUAAGGAGAUGAACACCAGCAUCGUCUGCAGCGUCGAAGAAACCUUGUGGGUUCUUUUCUCCGAAUUUGAAAACAGCAGUUGGUUUUGUAUUUUUUUAAUAUACAUAUAGGAGGUCGUAUGAAAAGAUGAAAUAAGAUAUUUAGAUGAAUUAUCAAUUUUAGAACGAGCAGGAUAAAGCCGAAGGUCGAAGGAGAAGAGGAGGAAGUGAACCAAAACUGGUCCCCUUUCACACCGAUAAAUGUUAGUUUUUUUUUCGCGAAGAAUUCGUUUUCAGAAACUUGACAUUCCCGAUUUUUUUUUGCAAGAGGCUGUUUUUAAUGAAUUAAUCUAGGCUUUAUCCCCAGCAACGGAAGCGAAUUUCGCGGCUGCAGAAAAAGCUGAGAAGGAAAAAGCCGAAGCUGCGGCUUCUGCUGCUUCUGCGUCACCUGCAAAAACGUUGGUUUUUUUUUGUCUUAUGAUAGGGUUGUCAAAAGUCUGAAGAAAUAAUAUAAAGGCAUAAUACCGCGAAAGGAUAUUUAUCAACUCGAAAAAUAAAAGAAAAAUUAGCUGAGAAAUGUUCGACAAAUUUUUUUCCUAAUUAUGCUGUUUAAGAGUAUUUUCCGGUUAUCCGGCUCAUUGUUUUCAGUUCUAAUCUUGUUCUGUUUACUUUUUCUCUUAAUUUCGCACAUUUUGUGCAUGGUAUCGAAGAAGUAUAUUCGAGUUUAAAUAAUUAGGAAAACGAAGAGACGUUUUGAGCGUUAUUUAAUGGAAUAUUUCUCUGACUUAUCCAUUUUAAAAGCAUGUUUGAACAUGCUGUGGAUAAAAAAUCAAUCGGGACUGCUAUUUUUUUGUUUUCUGCUUUUUCGGCUCUUUUUUUUCAAUUUUGGGUUUUUUUCACAGGUCGAAAGGUGCUAAAUCCAAGGCGACGACAGCGCCACCGACAGCGGCGGCGACGACGACGUCUUCGACUGGAAAAAAGCCACGAGAACUGAUGCCCUACCAUAGUAGGAGAGGAGGCGAAAAACGCAAGUCCACCUAUCCGCCCGUUUUCGAAAGAGUAUGUCUUUAUCUUCAAUUUCACCUCUAUUUUUCGUUGAAUUAUUGAAAAUAAUAAACUUUGAUAAGUUUUUGCAGCUGCCGGGAUAUGAAGACCAACGUGUCAGUAGCCCGGACGAGCCCGGAAGCCAAGAAACUGUUAGUUUUCGGCACGAACUGAUACCAUCUCUCUUUUUCAGAUUCCUGCUAAGUCUUCGCCUCCUCCAGAAACGCUUUCCGAAGAGCCGAGUUGUUUUGUGAACGAGCGCAAAGUUCUCGAAGAAAUGAACAAAAUUGUAUAUUUAUCUUCAUUUUUCAUAUAAAUAUUCUCCGAAAUUUGAGGUUGACGAGGCGGUUCCGAGAAAAAAAGGAGGAGGCGACGAAUCCGCGCGAAAAAAGGAAUUUCCGGAAAUCAAGAAACUCGACAUCAACUCCGUCAACAAUGGCUUCAAAGUACUUUUUUCAUUCUUUCCCACGAAUUAUGCAUUUUUUUCGUAUAUAGUUUUUGAUCAGAAAUUAUUUAGUUCAAUGUUUCUUUUAAGUUUGAAAAGUUGCGUCAUUUCAUGCGGCGUAAAAAAGCUGAUUUUAUGGUCUUCGACCUCUAGCUUCACAGUUGUUUUAUUCUACGGUUGCAGGAAGAGCUCGGUUUCAAGUUUGAGUCUCAUAAAGACUUUGAAACUGUAAACGAGAACGGCUCGCCGCGACGAGAAGACGUCUACGAGCAGAUGACGUGGCUCCAGGAAGUCGAGGUGCAGCCGGAGCCCGAGCAGAAGACGUUGAAUGUCAGACAAAAACUCAUCCUAAUGCUUGACGAUCUGGACAUCGAACACGACAUUGAAGAAGUUAUUUCGGAAGAGCUUCCAGAGGAUGGCACUCGUGGGCUUGGUCAGUUCUUUUUUGAGUGUGAGAAAUAAAAUAUGAAAGGAGUCAAUUAAAAAUGAAGAAAAAGUCAUUUGAAUAGGAGAACUUCUCCAUGUUACUUUGUAGUGUGUUCAGGUUUACCUUUGAGAAACCGAAAAUACUAUUCAGAAAGCUUUAUGAUAAGCGUAACCCGCAUUUGACGGAGCAAUAUUCGUAGAAUUUCUUUCAACUGAAUCAAAAUUUAAACAAACUAUAUCUCGGGGACGUGUUUCCAAUUUUCCAAUCGGAGUGUCCUUUUUCUCAACAAUACCCCUCUUUGAAAAGAAAAUUUUCAGGCGAAGGGACUUCUGAGCAGUUCAUCGACGAGAUAAUGGAAGUGAACACGGAGCCGCCCUACCAGAACCGCCACACGGGACCGUCCAUGUUCGCGACGGCGCGCCGAAGGUCGGCCAGCGACGAAGAUGACAUAAUGGACGAGGCUCCUGUCUCCGGCGACUUGGGCCAUUCGGAUGGAUUUUUGUCCCCGCCGGCCAGCAACGAGGUUUUUUUUCGCGGAGAAUCAUCUGAUGGAAAAACGCUUUUCGAGUUUAGUUGCAAAGAAUUUGUCUUUUGUGAGAAGUUUUGCUUCGAAAAAAGAGUUCAGAAUACCUUGCGAUUUACUGUUUAUCAUUCCGUACAGCUUCACUUUCAGAUGAUUCUUUCACGAGGGCCUCCAUCUGUCAGCGAUGGAAUUGUGAGUUUUCGAAUUUUUUUGUAAUAUACGGUAAAAGAAGUCAUAAAGUUUAUAAGAACAAAAAGAGAGGAGUUCUGAUAAAUCGGAAUCGCAAAAAAGCUGUUAAGUGGCCUCGUACCGGAGGACCUCCUUCUGUGGAAACGCAUUUGGUGAUGAACAUUGUCUAUCCGACUCCGCCUUCGGUUCUGUCGGACGCGCAGCAGUUCAGUCCCGUGACAGGACUUCCGUCGAGUUUUGGGAUCUACGCCGUCUCUUCGGUUGGUCAGCGAGUUCUUCGAGAGAAAUGUCUUAUGUGGCAGGAUUCUGGUCGCGUCGCAGUACCUGGAGACGUCGGUUACCUAGAAGAACUGACCGACGAGGAGGGAGUCGACGAGGAGAACGAAGACCGCAUCAACAUCAAGUCGUGGAAUUCACAAUCUUGCAGCUCUCAUGUCGUUCGUUUUUCUUUCCUUUUUUUGGCUUCCUUUCAUUCAAAAUCCAGAAGUCUGAACUGCGCCUAGGGAAUGUUGAUCAGGCUUUGUGUGAAGUUUGUAGUCUCUUUAGUUAUUUUUAGAUUUUUCCUUCUAUGAAAAAAAAAAACAAUGCUAAUUUCUAUAAUUUUUUGCAGAAAGGACUGCUCGGUCGGGCGAAACGCGAGUCCUUGUCCAAAUAUCAACGCAAGUUCUUAUUGCCGCCUUCGAAAAAGUUCACAACUGAGAAAAUGGUUAGUUUCGUCUCGAUAUUGUUGAAUUCAGGAGACUCUACGACAUAUCACUGUUUUCUUGCCAAAAGUUCGCGGAAUUUCUUAUUGAUUGAAUUUUUUAGAUGCUGGCCUUGCGGAAAAAAGGUUCCAAGCCGCCGAACUACCCGAAGAUGCUGGACAGCGAGUUCGAAGCUCCUUCCAGAGAGCUGUUCGGCAAGCUGAUCGCGACUGAGGAAAGUGCAGCAAGCACGACGGCUCCUACAGGAUUCGCGCCUAUGCAGAACGCAGCCGCGACCCCAGUCGUCCAACCUCAAAACCCUCCCUUCGGCACUCCGCCACAGAUGCCGCAGCCUCAACCUCUGCAGCAUCCGCAAUUCCCUCCGCAACAGCAGCAGAUGUUCUUCAACGGCGGAGGCCAGCAGCCAGUUCAUCCUUCGAUGAUGCCCCAGGCGUCGCAAAUGCAUCCGAUGAUGAACCAAUUUCCUGGCGGACCUCCCAACCCAAUGGGUUUCGGAGGCUAUCCCAUGCAUCCGGGCAUGAACGCCAUGGGAGCUGGCGGCAAUUUCGGCGGUCCUUUCGGUCCUCAACGGCCGUUCCCCCCAGGUCUCCAUCAGAUGCCAAUGAUGGGAAUGAACCAACAACAGGGCAUGAUGAUGCCUCAGGUACAUUUUUAUUCUUUUCAAUCCAUCUCUGACGAGCCGAUACCAGUAGUUCUACACGAAAAUAGGGACCAACUCUGAACAGCUCAUGUAUUUUCUACUGAGUUUAGUGAUCGGUUUUUUGGCUCUGGAGUAGGGUUCAAUAUACAUUUUUCACUGAGUUCGCAGAACUUUUAUGCCGUUAUUUUGAAAUAAAAGUAAUUCAAGAGAAAAGUCAAAAUGAAUAAAUUCUUCGCUCAUAUGUUCUCUACUCCUGCAAAGUUAGCAGUUUUUCCAGAUGCGGGGUCAGAUGCAUCCGAACAUGGGGCCGAUGGGCUCGACGCCCGGUCGCGGACCGAUGGGAGCGCCGCCUUCCUACCAAGUUCCGUCCAGUGGCGGAGCUCCUGGAAACUUCUAUCCGGGAGGGAUGCCUCCCUUCGGCCCCAUGAACAACGCGACGGGAAUGCCAGCUCCUUAUCCGCAAACUUCCGUUCAACAGCUCAACAACUUUGUGAAUCAACCCCGAUUUGGCAGCGGUCCCAUGGCCAAUCAGGGGGCUCCAAUGAUGAGUGGCGUCGGACCUCAGGGCCAGGUAUUUGCUCCGCAAAGUUGCCAACAAUCAAUUAAGAGAAAAAUCGGGAAACACAGUCCAGAUGAAAAAAAGUUGAAAACAGUCAGCCUUAAUCAUAGAUGUUCAAGUAAAGAACUUAUUCAGCCCACCAGGAGGGGUUGAAUUGAAAUUUUUUUGGAAAAUUAGGAAAAAAGAUCACGUUUCAAUCAGCCUAAACCCAAAUGACGCAGAAAAGUCUGCGCCUAACCUCAGGUAGGUAGUUUUGGCCACAAUAAUACAAUUUUCAGCCUCCGGAAGGUAGUAUUAUUAUUUCGCAAUUUGAAAGUGAGAUGAAUUUUUCGUGUUUCUUGAACGAUUCAAAAACUUGGUUUUCAUUUGGUACCUUCAUUAACCCCUGAAGUUAGCUUCUUCUGAGUUUCUCACACAAUGAACCUUCACAUUUAACACUUCAAGUUUCAAAAAUAUUCGGAAAAUGUACGCAUUUACUUUUUCUUGAAGCUAUGAAGUGAACGAAAAUGUUGAAGACACGAUCCAAUAGAAGUCAGUUAUAGUCAAAUGAGAACGAUUGGAAGGUUUUUGAACAGAAUCUUAUCAAAAGUUUUUCAAUACCAAUCUAAUAAAGGAAUCGUUUGGAAGAUUCAGAUGAUGCAGCCUUCUGCCUUCGGAGGUCAAGGGCUCCACGGCUCGUUCGGAAUGGAAAUGAACAACCAAGGCUUCAACUCCAACCCCAACAUGCCUUUCCAACCCCAACAUCCUAUGAUGCCACACAUGGCCGGCAUGAAUCCUGGAAUGCAGUCGCCGAGUUUCAACCCCAUGCAACAGCAUCAGAUGAUGGCCAGACAGCAGCAGAUGCAGGUUGUCCCUUUUUAAUACUUCUGAAGAGCUCCUUCGACGGCUAGUAAAACAUAUGUUUUGGGAUUUAAAUUCAUUUUGUACACAUUUGCGUUGCUUUACCCAAGUAUAAUCUUGAAAAUAUAUAGAACUUUCGAAUUAUUUAAACUGAACAGAAGGUCGUUUUUUUUUUUUAGGAAAACGAAACUUUAACUCCGCACCAAAAAACUGAAGAAAUGGUGUGUACACCAAUUUGCUCACAGUAUUACACUUUUCACCGAGACAAUUAUCCUUAGCCGAAACUUCACUUUUUUUGUUAUUUGUUUCUCAAUCGGAAAUAUUUAAAAAUGGCGAAUUUUUUUGAAACUAAAAAAACGAAAGUCGCAAAAAUUAAGAACCGCUCUAACAACUUUGCUGCCAAACUUGUUGCACACUUAAAGUUUCCGUAAGAGAGGAAUUUCAUUCAAGAAAGUUUUGAUUAAAAUAUGUAAACCUUCAAAAAAUGACGAUCUUUGCCCGAUUGAAGUGAAUAGAAUGUAUAACUCAAAGUAUCUUUUAUUCAAAGUAUGUACACUUUGUUGGGUUUCUCGAAACUAAUCCGACUGUUAAGGGAAUGAUGGCGCAGAAUCCAGGCGGUUUCAUGCAGCCGCAGCCUUACCAUCAGCCAGGACCUCAAGCGCUCAUGGGACCUGGCAAUUUCGGAGCGAAUCCUUCGGUUCCUGCUCCGCCUCCAAUGGUAAGAAUAACCUGUCUUUCACUUUGUCCAACUCAUCUCUUUUCACCGUGAAAAUGUGCGAGACUGUUUCGAAAGUCCUGGCCGAAGCAUUCCGAAUAAAUCUCCCUUAAAGGCGGUUUUCAGCUGACUCCCUACCAACAACAUCAGCAGCUUUUGCACCAGCAGCUUUUGCAAAAGAACCAGAUGCAAGCAAAUAAAGAUCCGGCAAGGCUCGAGGGCGACAGCGUCGCCUUGGCCGUCAUGCUCUCCGUUGGUCCGACUUCAGGUCAAAAAGUUCAGAGGCGUUUUCAGGACACGAUUCUCGACCUGCACUACGACUCGUUUCUCGACGCGUGUCCGCUCUGCUCCUGCAACGUGACGAUAAGAGGCCGCGAGCUCGGUCUUUACAUCACGCCGCACGAAUUGUUGCGCAACGCUUCCCUCUUUCGAGAACGCGAAAUCAGCAGUUGGAGUGGGUUCUCCACCACCAACAGCGGUUCCUGUACUUGCGGUUUCAGGUUUUUCUUGCAUCUCAUAGUACUAAAUGGAAAAGUUUGAAAUCACUAGGCGAACACGUCUGAGAAUGAGGAAAUUAGCAAACCUGGAGCGUUUAUAAUAAUGUAAAGUAUUAUUUGAAAUUUCAAAUAAUCCCUGGUAAAUUAAUACAGAGAAUGUCGAUUUUAGUGGAACACUUUCGAAAACAACAUAAACUUUGAUUCAAGCCAUAAGAUCCGAUCCAACGAAAAAUUUUCCUCAUUUCUUAUGUAAUUUGAAGUUAAAAAAAUUUAAUUUUUUUGAUUAAUUGUUUAGGUUUUUUUUUUGUUUUGAAGAAGCUGAGUUGAAGUUCCGAGUCCAGUUAACGAAAAAACUGUCUGAUUUGUUUUUUUUUUCGGAAAAACAGUCAAAACGAAAGCUUUGAAAAGUCUAUUACUCGGUUGUGAAGAAAUUUUCAAAAGUUUAUGUCUUCCAUUUAAAGUUAGAUCAAUAUCUCAAUUUCUUAUUUAUUUCUUCACCUGAAUGUAUGUCCCCAAAGAAAAAGACAUCGGUUGAAUAUAUCAGCUUCGGGGAAAACGGCCUUCUUUUUUUAUGAUUUUGGAUCAUCGCUUCUUUUUUCAGCGCUGUGCGUCAUCGAUAUUUAUCCUUCUGCUCGGGUCUUUUCCCUGACGAUUCGAUCGAAGCGACCGCCUUGGAGGCCUCUGUGGCCAGUGUGACUCCGAUGGAAACUCCGUCUCAAGGUUUUCUUCUGGGCUGUUGGAUGUUGACUGAACAUUUCAUAGGCGUGGAAACAUCCAAAAACGUGAUUUGGUUCGAUCCGGCUUCGACGAACGACCUGAUGUUGUUGGAUCAACUCCGAAUGCUCAGCUACACUCAUAGUUUCGGAAAGGCGGUCAGCCAAAUGUCGUCGAUCUCCGAUUUCGCCGACAGGGCUUCCAAGGUAUCUCUGAGAGAUCGACUCGAGACUUUUAAUCUGUUUGUAGGCCGUCGAAGUGGGAAUGGACGUUUCCUCGACCGCCGAGUACGUCAUCUCGCAAGUCGACUCUAAGGAACUUCACCAUCUUGGCAGCUCUGUUAUCGACUUUUCAUUAAGAUGUCCGUCCUUCUGAGAGUUUGAUUUACUGGAAACUUUUUUUCAGCUUCCGGAAAUAGAACUUCGGGAGGCAGUUCUCAAAACAAGUUUCUCACUUAUUUUCAUCCUUGGGGACUUCAGGUGAAAGCAUUUUUGGAAAACUUGUUCAACAGCAGUGUUUCAGAUCGCAAACGAAACACGAGAGCCGACCUCGUUGGAGUGGAAAAUCGCGUUGGACGCCGUGACGCCGGCCCUCGAGGAGGCUAUGCGAAUUGCCAGGUUUCAUCUCAAAAGUCCAUUUUUAGUGUAUUUCUUUCAGAAACAUCACUUCUCCGACAGGUAGAAUAGUGGAGGGGCCUCUUUCUUGGAAAGACAUCGUUAACAAAAGUCUCAAGACCAAAACGGUAUUUUCUUAGGUCGUGCAUUCAUUUUUGAAUUUUGUAGGUGAAUUCGGAGAUUCCCGAUGAGUGGGCAGCUGCUCCUGAGCCGUUUCCAGGAAUUGUUCUAUCAACAGAAAAAGAAGCUGUUCGUGCAACUCCGCAGGUAUCUAUUUUCCGCUUUCUCCAUCUCCUAGAAAUACAUUUUUGAUCAAUUCUACUUUUUUUCUUUUUUUGUCGUUGUCGCAAUCUUCUUCGUUCAGCUGCUGCAAUGGAGCGAAAACGCGAAAGUGGGGCCGAUAGAUCAGCCGAAAGACGUGAUGUACAUCGCGCUGGUCCCAGACUGUGACGCGAUCCACGACAAAGCUGCCGUCUUCAUGGAGGAGCUGAGCACGACCUACGAGCGGAUGCGUCUCGGUCGUCACAUUCCUUGGCCUUGUGGAUACACGGCUCCUCCUCCUGUCAUAGUUCCGUCAGAAACGGCCACUUUUUCCUCGAUCGGCACUUUCUUGGUGCCCCCUAUCGAUGACAGCAGUGACAGUGACGACAGCGACGAGUCCAGUGAAGAGGAGGGCCCAGGAGGUGCUGUAGGAAAGAAACCUCAAGGAACUGACGACGGAGGCCCAACGGACAGCAGCGACAGUAGCGAGGAGGACGACGACGAGUCCGAAGAAGACACCUCGGGCAGUGACUCUAGCUGUAGUAGUAGCGGCACGAGCAGUAGUGAUAAAGAGGAUGCCGAUGAAAUGGACACCUCGAGUCCUUACUGCGCAGAUGCCGCUAAGUCUCAGCACGAUAUGAUGGCUUGUAGCCCAUCGACGUCGUCGCAGGCGAUCGAAGACCCCAUGGACACGGGAGAGACGACUGUCGAUCAGUCUGAGCCGACUUCUCCGGCUCCUGCUGCACAGCCUGAGGCGAUCGUCACGAAAGAUGGACUCGUUCGAGUGGGAGGACCUAUUCGGCCUCCGAACAAGUACAGUUCAUCUACAGCCGCGUCGUCUUUCGAGUUCAACAACAUGUCCCGUUAUAUAGACGACAAGACUGGAUUCAUGACACGACUUCGAGUUCGUUUUGUUUUCUCGUGCACCGUUUUUGUUUUCUCGUGCACCAUUUCAAAAAAAAAAGCGACGGAAAAGUAUCCGUCGUAUAAUUCCUACAGUAAAAGUAAAAGUCCGAAUUUUCAAUAGACACGGGUAAAUGUAAUAAAUCAAAGUAUUUAGGUUCAAAUUCAUGGAAAUGCUUUCUCUUUUGAUUUAGGCGUUAUGGCUGAGCGGCAAUGGGUGGCGUUGGUUUAACAGAUGAAGGGUCUCCAAUAAUGUUCUUUUGGGCAAAAAAGUACACGUUCAGUUUCGAGCACCUUUUUCGUUCUAGAUAAAAAGAAACUCCGUUUUCGUUGGCGCAUGUGGGCUAAUCAUAUGAAUAGUUUCGAAAUUUCUCCAUUCUGAUUAGGAAACUUUGAAAUGUUAGUUUCGCUCCAUCGUUUAAAUAGCCUACUUUGCAGAUUUACACACAACAAAUGGAGGAGUCUCUGUGCACAUUGUUCGAAGAGAAUCCUCAAAUGUUCGAGCGAGACGCUUUCUGCUACCGCAUCGCGCACGACGAGAAAGUGAAGGCGGCACAAAGUGCGGCGACAGCGGCGCAGCUCAAGAAAAACGCCAAGGAGGCUUUUGCCGCCGCCAACAGUUCUGCGACGGCGACCACAGAGGCCGAAGAAUCCGGAGCUCGCGACUCAGGAAGCGCGACGCCUCCUAGCGUCGACCCUAACGCCAGUACGUCUUUUCUAUGAUCCUAUGGAAGUUUAAAAAAACAGUUAGAACAUAAAAAAAAAGAACUGUCUUUAUGAAUUUUAUCUUGUUAGGAAAUGAAGAAAUUUAUAAAUACUAACUCAUUACUUCAACGCAUCUAUUACUUCAACAAAUCCAAAUCAAUGAACUCCUCAGUUACUCAAUCUGAUUUCUUUUGAGAGCUUAUCAAGUUUGAAGUAAAUAUAGUUUUCAUUGUUAAAUUAUUGUAGGCGUAUUCAAAAGUUAUCCUUCUCAAACAUGUUCCUGGAAGAUCACUUCAGACGCCGGUACGCCUCCUUCUCCAAGUGGCGACAACGCCGAUGCGGCUACGGAAGAAGGCGACCCAACAAGACCUGCGAUGCACGAGCCGAUGUCGGAGCCAGCGAGUGGCUCUGAGUACGCGAAGACGACGUCGCUGAACCCGAUGUCGGCCGGCUCGAUGCCCCAAUAUCAUCAGCCGACGGUGGCCGUCGGAGCCGUCGCCAUGCCUGAAAGAAUGUCUCCGCAGAACGUCCAGGACGCCGCCAACAUGGUCGAACCCGAGGACAUUCCAUUCGACGACCCCGGAACUCUUCCUCAUGUCAUCGUCGUCUACAUGGUUUUUCAUUUCAACACAAUUCAUUGAUCUUUUCUUGAGGUCAAUCCGUUCACUUGGGGUCCGGACUCGAGGAGCGCAUUCCAGAUGCGUGUCGCAAUUUUGUCUUUCAUCCGUGCUUUCAACUCGGUCGUCAAUCGUCUUCCCCCGAAAAAGUAUGUUUAUUAUAUUGCUCAAAAUUGGUUCUUUUUUUUUCUUAGUGUAUUAGUUUAAGUGAAUUUCCUUUCAACAUUUUAAAAUUGAAAGUUUCUCGUUUUCAAUUAAUUAAAAAAAAAAAUUAUUCUCGAAUAGCUUUCUGGAGCAGACAAUUGACGACGUUUUCGAAUACCUCUUGACAACUAUUUUGCAGAAGAGCGCAGGUGCAGCUCGAAAUAAUCGGGUUGGAGCACAUGGACGACACUUUGCGCGCCUACCCUGACUAUUUCAACGGCUUCAAAAUGCCCAUGGAACUGUGCUCACGAACUCAGAAUGUCAAUAGUGAGUCUCCCCCUUUAUUAAUUUUUCUGAGCAUCAACUUUGAAAUUUCACUACGUUUUUAUUUCAGCCAACGACGAACGCGACAAAAUCGACGGUUUCCACUUGGCCGACGUUUUGCGAGUCCGUUUCUUUUCUUUGUUGGCCGAAAAUUUUAUAAAUUUUUAUUUGUUACAUUAUUCUAACACAAGUUUUUUUCCUGACUUUUUACCGAGUUUUUCGGAUGAUACUUUUGGAAAAUGUUAGUAAUCAGGAAGCAUCAAAAUUUCAUGUAGGACCGUUUCGAAGAAAUUUCUUUAGGUCUGGCAGGUGUUUAGGAAACGUUUAAAGCAUUUUCAUUUUUUUUAAAAGAAAAUUUCCCAUUUUAUGAGCUCCAUAUUUUCUUAGUGAAAAAAUCUGCCAAGAGUCGUUAACGAAAGAGCGAGUCUUCAAGAAUUUUCAUUUUUUCCGCGUUCAGUCCAUAGUGACGGCAGUCUUCACACAGCCGCGAAUCCUCAAUCCGGACUGCUAUAAGUCGAUGCAACCUCGUGUCAUGACUGCGUGAGUUGCCUUCCAGUGAAGUUCAUACAUUAACUCGUAUUCAGGUUUGGCCCUGGGAGCGCUCUGAUCCGAAUCAUCGAAGAAAUGGAAGUGUUCGGCUCGGACGCGUACAACUGCGGACCGACGCUCGCCAUGGGAAAGGAUAUGUUGGAUCAGUUCGACAUGCGCAAGGAGAGAGUUCCAGUGCAGUACAAGGUGGAGGGAGUGUUGGGGGGUCCGUAGAACCAGGAAGUUUGAGGUUCCGUCGAACAUCCUGCAACUCUCUCCAAGCACGCCGCUAAUCCCGCGCGCCGAAGGCAAAGUGACGGUGAUGCCCACGGAAGAGAUGGUCCUCUACGUGUCGUAUUGCCUCGUCGGUCGACACUUCCUGUGUGCCGCCGUCACCGACGAACUCGGGAGAAUAGUCGACAAUUGCGUCAUCAACUUGCGUCCCAGGGUCGAUUCCCAUCAGUUCGUCUUUUUCAUAAUUUGCGAAGAAAUUAGCAGUUUUAGAUAAAAAUUUUUUUUAUCCGUAGACUCACACUCAUUAUUGAUUUUUUGCAUUUUCAUAUCUUCAGCAGUUUUCGAGGAUAUAAAAUAUACUCAUUUAUAGAUUUUUUUUAAAGAAUAAAGCGUCAAAAUCAAGCUUCCGUGUGUAAAAAUAGGCAGAAUGUAAUUGUACACCCAAAAACUUAGAAAAAGUUGGUUCAUUCAAAAAGUUUCAGUUUUUAAGGUUUUUUCUAACUUGUUUAAAAUUGGCUAAAACUAUAAUUGAUGUACUAAAGAUAAUAUAAGACUCAACAUGCUCAAAUCAUUGUUUUCGGAGACUGAAAGUUUUGAAAUUAUUUUGUUUUGAAGCUGAGGCCUCAGUUCUUCUUUUUUCGAAAGCUUCUAUGAUCUUUAUUUAGUGGACCGCGGAGCGUCCGAGACAUCAAAAACAUGUAGUCCUACUAAAAUGACUUUCAUGAAUGAGAUUUAAAGGCGGAGAUAUGUUUAACGCCUGAAUCAUUUUUUUCAACUUUGACGUUUUUUUUUGAUUUCAGUACGUACCGGUAUCGACAAAAAACGCAGAUCCUGGACGCAAUGGGCCGACUGUGGACUUAUGUCCUCGGAGUACUGAGCUCAGAUGUCCGCAACUGGAGACUGGUAAUCGGUCGACUGGGCCGCAUUGGCCACGGCGAGUUCAAAGGUUUCUGUACUGUCCCUUUGCCGAGAACGUCGUGUUUUUCAGCUUGGCAGUACCUUCUGAGCAAGAAUUCGCUGCAGAAAUAUUCUGCACGUCUCAAGGACAUCUGCACGGCCUGCAGUCAGGUACGGCAGCUUCCGAGUCUCUGAACAAGUCUUUCUGGGUUCAGAUGCAGGGCGUUAUUGGAACGCCGUCGAUUCUCUCUGCUUGCUUGGUCACCAUCGAGCCGGAACCCAACGUCCGCGUUUUCUACGAUUUGAUCGACGAAGAACAGACCGGGUUCGUUUCCCAGGAAUUUUCUGUAAAGGGAUUCUUUUUUUUCUGAUGCACAUGCAACCAGUAAAUAUAUUCCCAUAUCUUUUAAAUUUUUGCAGAAAAUCAAAAAACAAAAUGACUACACCUGACGACAUCUCAUGCACACACAUUCUGACAUUCCCGAUAGGUGCCGACAUAAAUGUGAGUUGACUGAAUGUAAGAGAAAGGUUUUCGUCCUUCUCAUUUUAUAACAGGGAUAAAUUGAUAAUUUAUUUGACAAAUUCGUGCCCUAAAUUUAUUUUCAACAGUUGUAUUGACAAGAUCCCCAUCUCAAUUAUUUGCUACGAUUGCAGCUGGAUAUGGCGGACCAGACAGUGGAGAAGCAAAACGACAACUGGGACGACUUCAAUCUCGAAGGCCUGGACAUCGACUUGACGGAGAACGACAUGAAUGAGCUGCUGAACGUGGAACCGACGGGAAUGCAGCCGACGAGCGCUUCUCGCGUCGGUGCCGGCCAAAUCUUCUUCCAAGACGAGGUCGCCAUCGAGUACCUCAACCAGCCGCUCGCCUCGGGCUUCUACAUCUCGACGUCGCCGGCGCCUGAACUCCCUGACUGGUUCUGGUCGAGUUGUCCUUCUGCGAAGAGGAGCCUGCCGGUCCAUCUCAAAUCUUCUCUUCAUAUCAACGUUCCUGAGAUCAAGGUAUCAACUUUGUAGAUCAUCUAGCAUGAGUAUUUCUGAAAGUGUUUCGAACAAAAGGGAAGGUUCUAGACUCCGUGCUAUAUAUUCGAAAAUAGGAGUAAAGAAAUGUAGUUUGCAUUUUUCAAACUUCUUUUUUUUUCUUACUCUAAUGUUUUUAAAACUUUCUGAACUAUCUCAUUAUUCAUUCGGUUUUGAUAUGUCAACGGUUGAUCAAAAAGCGAAAAAAGCGGUCAAUUUCAAUGACUGAAUUUUCAAUUAUUUCCAAACAAAUAUUUUCUUGACUCCUAUUUGAUUUGCCGUAGCGCGUCUUGCAAAUAAUUUGUUCAUGGAACAGGAUUUGGUUUGAAAUGAGUCGAGUUGCAGACGGAUGACAUCUCGAUGGAGUCGGGGAGCAAGGAGAAGGAGAAAGAGAAGGAGAAGGACCUGCAUCCGCUGGAGUCGCACCAGACGGAGGACGUGCUCCGACACGUGCUCGAGACCUACAACGCGCUGUCGUGGCUCAACGUGAACCCCAGGACCGGAGAGCGUCUCAGCUGCCUUCCCAUCCACAUGCAGCAUCUCUUGCGUCUUUACCACACUAUCGCCCGACUCAUCAUCUGA